UGCCGGGGAAGAGGUGGGAUUUCCUCCGCUGCUCCUCCCAAAACAGCAUCUUCUCGCUCUUCCCAGGGAUGUAUCGGCGUGUGCUGCACCUGCCGUGAGCAUUGUCUUGCUGGAUAAAAUGCCCCCUUUGAACCCACGUAAUCAUUAAACUCGGGGUUCCUAUUCGGCAGCAGCAGAGAGGCUACGAAACAGUACGAUAGGAGGCGACAUUAGGGGAUGUGUUGAUUCACAUCGAGGCUCAGCAGUGAGACAGCAUCUUUGCCGGUGACACAUCAUUAGCACUACCAAGUGGAUCAGACCUGCAGGGCACCAUGUCAGACAAAAGUGACCUAAAGGCAGAGCUUGAGCGCAAGAAGCAGCGCCUCGCCCAGAUCAGGGAGGAAAAAAAAAGAAAGGAGGAGGAGAGGAAGAAGAAAGAGGUAAGGAGAAAAGCGGAAAGCCAGCAGAAAACAGAGGUGACCACAGAAGAUUCAGACUUGGAUCGCAAGCGCAGGGAGACUGAGGCCCUGCUGCAGAGUAUUGGUAUCUCCCCAGAGCCUCCGCUAGUCCCGACUCCUAUUUCCCCCGCCAAGUCAGUGAGCACGCCCAGUGAGACGGGAAGCCAGGACUCAGUUGAUGGAGGAGCAGCGGGAAGGUCAGGUUUCUCUAAAAACAAGCCCCAAGCACAGAGCUCAAGGACACUGCAGUGGGACUCAGACCCCUCGGUGCUGCAGCUGCAGGCUGACUCUGAGCUCGGGCGCAGAAUGCAGAGGCUGGGGGCCUCUAAGAUCACACAGGUAGACUUCCUUCCCAAAGAGGUGGUCUCAUACUGCAAAGAAACACAGACACCAAGUCUCGCCCACUUGUCUGAAGUAGAGGAGGAAGAGGAAGAUGAGAUGAUGGAGGCGAAGCCGGGACCAGAGUCGGAACAGCCAGACGACGAUGACAACAAGGAGCAUAAAGAGGGCUCAUUUCCCAUGCUGAGGGAGCUGACGGAGGAGGAGAGGCAACAGAUCCUCCACUCCUCUGACUUUCAGAGCUUCUUCGACUGCAGCAUUCGGGUGAUGGAGAGAGCUCUGGCUGAAGAGGACGACCUUUUCUUCGACUACAGCGGUCGAGACCCCGAGGACAAAGACGGGGACUUGGGAAGCGGCUCCAGCCUGUCCUUCAGUAGACUCUUCUACGAUGAGCACUGGUCAAAACAUCGCGUCAUCACCUGUCUCGACUGGUCCCCUCAGUAUCCUGAGUUGCUGGUUGCCUCCUAUAACAACAAUGAAGAUGCUCCCCAUGAACCGGAUGGUGUUGCCCUGGUGUGGAACAUCAAGUUUAAGAAGGCCACGCCAGAGUACAUCUUUCAUUGUCAGUCUCCCGUGGUGUCUGUUGGUUUUGCCAGGUUUCACCCCAACCUGGUGGUAGGGGGGACUUACUCAGGACAGAUCGUGCUGUGGGACAACCGCAGUCACCGCAGGACCCCCGUGCAGAGGACUCCCCUCUCUGCUGCGGCGCACACACACCCGGUGUACUCCGUGAACGUGGUCGGCACCCAGAACGCCAACAACUUGAUCACUGUGUCAACAGACGGUAGGAUGUGUUCCUGGAGUCUGGACAUGCUCUCCCAGCCCCAGGAGACCAUGGAGCUGGUGUACAGUAAGUCCAAACCUGUGGCAGUGAUGUGCAUGGACUUCCCCACGGGAGACGUUAACAACUAUGUGGUGGGGAGCGAGGAAGGCGCCGUGUACACCGCGUCCAGACACGGCAGUAAGGCGGGUAUCUGUGAGAUGUUCGAGGGCCACCAGGGGCCCGUCACAGGUAUCAGCUGUCACAGCGCAGUGGGAGCUGUGGACUUCUCCCACCUCUUUAUCACAUCCUCCUUCGACUGGACCGUCAAACUCUGGAGCACCAAGCAAAACAAACCUCUGUAUUCUUUUGAAGACAACGCCGACUAUGUGUAUGACGUCAUGUGGUCGCCCGUGCAUCCAGCCAUCUUUGCCGCCGUGGACGGCAUGGGCCGCCUGGACCUGUGGAACCUCAACAACGACACCGAGGUACCGACUGCCAGCGUGACCAUUGAAGGAGCUUCAGCUCUCAACCGGGUCCGCUGGUCUUCGGGAGGGAAGGAGGUCGCUGUGGGCGACUCAGAAGGCCGAGUUUGGAUCUACGACACUGGAGAGCUCUCCGUAGCUCACAGCGAUGACUGGACGUGCUUCGCUCGCACGCUGAUGGAGAUCCGAGCGAACCGGGCCGACGGCGAGGAGGAGGGUUCUAUGGAGCUGGCUUCAUAGGGCUUCAUGGCUUCAUAGGGAGGGACUCCAGUGAAUCAGAAGCGUUGCUGGUGUGCUUCUAUCGGUGUGGCUGUAGCAUGCGUCCCUCACACCUUUUAUUUAUUUAUUUAUUUAUUUAUUUAUUUAUUUAUUUUUAACUCCACUCUUCACGUACAGUCUCCCCGCUUACAGGCUACCAGGAACAAAUACUGUAUAGUUUUCUUGUUUUUUCAUUUGCAGUUUUUGUAAGAGUCAGGAAAUAAGUACACCACUGACUUCUAUUGAUUUGUCCGCUUUUAUUUAUUCAUUUAAUGACUUCAGGUUGUGUGUGUUGCUUGCAAUCCGUGAGCCUGCGGUGUAUCAGGAGUGGCAGUCGUAUCGCCUUAUAAUCGUGUGUAACUAUGCUUUGCACUACGGUAACAGUAAAGCAGGGUCAUAGACUAGCCGUGUGUUGUUUACAGAGAGUCGCCUUCAUGUUGUGCUUCUUUUCUCCGUAUUAAAGCCUGCAUGCAACACAUUCCUAGUGAUAUUCCAGGUGCAGGAACGCGGUGGCGUCACUCACACGGGGGCAGCGCCGCUACUGCUUCGUGUUUCGGUGUCAGACACUGAAUCAAGUGUGCUUUUCUCUACUGGGCCAAAGCUUGAACUGUUUAUUCUAUAAUAGACUCGAACUAUUAACGAGGGGUGUAUUGUAACUCAGAGUGAUUGCUGUGAAGCCUCCUGUUUGCUAUUAAACC